AUGAGUUAUAAGGUGAACAUUAGCAUCACAGAAACAUUUAGGAACGAAGCUUUAGAGAUAGCUAGUGCCCAUUAUAUGUAUUACCAUGGGUACAUUAGUUUGGUUGUGUGCCUAUUCGGAAUACCCUCCAAUGUGAUUAAUAUAACUGUGUUGACGAGACGACAUAUGAGAACUCCUAUUAACUUUAUCCUGACGUGGAUGGCCGUAUCGGACAUGUUGACCAUGAUCUCCUAUGUACCGUUUGCUGCACACUACUAUUGCUCUUUCUCGCCUUAUACUGUGUCCCCACAGAAAAACAGUCUACCUUGGAUGCGUUUCUUGUUGUUCCACAUCAAUUUCACUGCUACAACACACACUGUCUCAAUAUGGCUGGGCGUGGCACUCGCAAUAUUUCGAUUUGUCCAUCUACAGUCACCCGCAAAGGGAAGUCUUACUCACAUGCGAAGGAAAAUUCGUGCUCGAAUAGUAGUGUUCGUCAUCUACAUAGGAUCUGUUUUACUAUUGAUUCCAAAUUUUAUCUCCAAUAAACUUGUGCCGUUAUCAGAAAAUUCAACUAUAUACAUACUGGAGGAUUUUCGUCUAGGGAGUACUGAUGUUAAACCUGUUGUAAUGAUAAACUUACUUUUAUACAGCGUUAUAGCGAAAUUCCUACCAUGUAUUCUGAUUACUGUGUAUGGGGGUAUACUUUUACGCACACUGCGUAACAAGAUGAAAGUAAAACGCCGGAUGUGGACAAAUAACAAUCUUAUCACACAUAAAUCUUAUGAUACCACAAAAACAACCUAUAUGCUAUUUGUGGUCAUUAUUCUAUUUGUAGUGACAGAACUUCCACAAGGAAUACUUAUUCUUUUGAGUCUUUUUCUCAAAGGUUUCUUCGAGCAUGUUUAUAUUCCCUUGGGUGACGUCAUGGACAUUGUAGCGCUAAUCAACAAUGCCAUUAACUUUAUCUUGUAUUGUACCAUGAGCAGUGAUUUUAGAAAAACGCUUGUGGAAAUGGUAUGUCAAUUGCGAAAACGAAAAGCCAAAUCAAGAAAGCAAAUACCAGCCCAAAACAGCGCCCGAGUAUACCAGAGUUUACUGACGCGAGUAAAUUCAUGA